CCCACGUGCUCUCGCAUGCUCAAGAGAGAGGCCAAUAGCCUCUUCCCCAAGACCUUGGCGCCGGGAGGCUGAACGGGACUCGCCGUACCUUAUCUGGCUCGCCGAAAAAGUGGCAAACCUACAACUUGGGAAAAUGAGAGUCUAUAAAACUAGCCGAGGAAGCGAUAAUGAGAGACGGCUCUCUGGUCGCCUGCAGGCUCUCGUUGCCCGCCUCACAGGAAGGAGAGACCAUACUCCCAUCGCCCGACUCUAAAUCUUAGCCAUUGUGGAGCAGAAGGCUCGGGAGACUGAGGCUUGGAUUAAGCAACUACCUAUCUAAGGUUCCAUCCUCAACAUAGGUACGCAGGAACAAUGGGUGUCAGAGACCGCUGGUCACCACCCAGCCUGACCUGGGAUUCCAUCUCCCAAUGGAAGGUCACCCAGAGGCUCUGGAACACGGUCAGGGAGACAUGGUACUUGGGCUUCACCUCGUUUGGCGGGCCGCCGGUGCACUUCAAGAUUUUCCAUGACAAGUUCGUCAACAAGGUGCAAUGGAUCGACGAGCAGGUGUAUCAAGAGCUCUUCAGCGUCUGCCAGGCCUUCUCGGGCCCGGGCAGCACCAAGAUGCUGUACUGCAUCAACCUGAUUCACGACGGGUUCUUGGCAGCCGUGCUGGGCUUUCUUAUCUGGAGUUUGCCUGCCGGCUUGGGAAUGUUCGGCCUGGCCGUUGGCGUUUCCAACAUCGGCGAGACUCUCCCCCGUGCCGUGUACGCGCUGCUGUCCGGGCUGAAUGCUGCCACGGUCGGCAUCAUCGCCCUUGCGGCCGUACAGCUGGCGCAGAAGGCCAUCACCGACAAGCUCACGCGGCUGUUGGUGUUCCUGGGGGCUGCGGCGGGCUUGCUGUACAAUGCGCUGUGGUACUUCCCGCUGCUGAUGAUGGUUGCUGGCAUCAUCACCGUCAUCUACGACUUCCGCUGGCUCCACGGUCCGGUGAGGUGGGUGGUACGGCUGCUGAAGAAGGCACGGGGAAGGGGUAACAGGGUGGGGAGGGACGAACCCGAAGCCCAGCAGCAGCGCGAGGGGGAUGGGGAGGAGGAGGAGGAGGUCGAGCUCUCCCAUCGACCGGCAUCAACAACAUCCACAUCUGAACCACCGACUAGCGCUCGGCCGCAAUCCAGCAAAUCCACCCGGCAACGCCUGCCCCUGACUACCCAAGACACCGCCACCACCACCACCACCAAUAACCGCGUUCGAGAGCAAGAAGAAGCAGCACCGCCCGCUUCGCCCUCGGACCAGCAGCGCACCGUCCCCGCAUCCCACCAACUCGAAGCUCCGCACCUAACCUGGAAGUGGGGGCUGACCAUCAUCGCGCUGUUCCUCGCGUCCUUCACAGCCAUCAUGAUCGCCCGCGGCCUGCUCUCGCGCAACGACGCCGGCAACACGGAACAGCAAUCCCAAUCGGUCUUCCUCUACCGCGUCUUCGCCAACUUCUACCUCGCCGGCACCAUCAUCUUCGGCGGCGGGCCCGUCGUCAUCCCGCUGCUGCGCGAGUACAUCGUGGCCGAGGGCUGGGUGUCGCCGCGCGACUUCCUGAUCGGCCUCGCGCUGGUCCAGGGCUUCCCCGGUCCCAACUUCAAUUUCGCCGUGUACCUGGGCGCCCUGGCCGCCAGCGGGAGGGGCGCCUCGCCCGCGCUGGGCGCCGUGCUCGGCUACGUCGGCAUGUUCGCGCCCGGCCUGGUGACGGUUCACGGCACCGUCGGGGUGUGGGGCGCCAUCAGGGGCUGGCGGUGGGUGAGGAGCGCGCUGAGGGGCAUCAAUGCCGCGGCCGUGGGGCUGAUCUAUACGGCCGUGUAUCGGCUGUGGCAGAUUGGCUGGAUCGAUGAGGGGUUUCAGAGGGGGACGAGCCUGGCGGAUGAUCCGUGGUGGGUUGUCGUGACGGCGUCGAGCUAUGUGGGCGGGUGCUGGUUUGGUGUCAGUCCGCCCGUGGCGAUUGUGUUGGGUGCCGCGUUGGGGUUGGUGAGGUACGGGGUUGUCGGGUAAGGUACCGUAGGUAGGUAGGUCGUUUGUCGAAAGAAUGGUAAGAUAUGUGCAGAGAAUUUUAUUU